GUAGCACAACAUCAGCGCAGCAACAACAACAAUCUGCAUUAAGCAAUAUGAAUGAACUGCGAUUCGUAUGUGUUCGAGCUUUCCGUGCUGCUAUCUCAGCGGUACAACCUUAUGAAAGAGUUAGAACUGCGCUGAAAGUGACCGGAUCACAGUUGAGUGUUGGUCAACGCAUAUAUCAGUUGAAUCACAAUGUGCAUCUGGCAGCGGUCGGUAAGGCAGCCCUGGGUAUGGUGCAAGGAGCAGAGGCGUCCAUCGGUGGUCAUGUGGUCGAGGGAAUUGCGAGUGUGCCCAGAAACACAAUUGCGAAAAUACCAUCCGGAGCGAGGAUAGUUACGCAGUUUUUCGAAGGUGCAACGAAUAAUCUACCGGAUGAAGAUGCCUGCAUCAAUGCGGAGAGAAUUGAAGCGAUGGCCAGGCAUCUGCGUGAUCCAAAUGAUCUAUUCAUUGUAUUAAUAUCAGGUUGGAGUUGA